ACACCUCCACCGGGAGAUGAUCACAACGGGUUGAAUCGCGUGAAGGCGGAAGAGCUGAAAAGCGAGGAGGUAGAUCUCUACGACGAUGCAAUUGCUCCAUCGUCUGGAGAGAAAUCUCUUGCACCCACCCCAGUUCGUCCCGCUCAGCAUAAUGGUGGGAGUACACAUGUACCAGACGGGAAGCGGUACUGCUGCUAUAUUGGUAAUUUAGUUUGGUGGGCCACAGAUGCUGAUGUUGGCGUAAGUUUUUAG